CGUCUUCCAGCUCAGCUGCAGCCGGCGCCCGCGCGGGCGGAGCAAACCACGGGCGGGGCGACCACGCCGACGACCCGCGCACACGCCGGCUUCUUCGUCCUCUUCUUCUUCUUCUUCUUCUUCCACCCCCGCGACCCGCCGCCGCCCCCGCGCCGAAGCUCGUGGCCUCCUCCGCCGUCCACGUGAGGCAGGCAGGGCUAACUCCGCCGCGGGGCCCACGGAGCAGUGGGUGGGUGGGGCCCGCGGCCCGCACCGUCCCUCGGAUCGCGCGGGGCCCACCUGGGGGGCAAUUCCGUCUCCUUCCUCCCUCUCGCUUACGAACUCCGCUACCAACCGCUUCCUUUUCCUUCUGCUGCUGCUGCUGCUGCUGCUGGUGGUGGUAGACAGCGAAGCCGGCGAACCACCUCGGUUUCGUUGGCAUCGUCAUCCUCCAGGUCCACGGCCACUAGCUACCAUCUAGAAGCUUCCGGAAGCUUCGGGAAGGAAGCCGCCCCCCGCGCCGCCUUGCCGGGCCUCGCAAUGCCGGAGGAGAAGGAGUACGCGCCCGUGCCCCUCGGCCAGGCGCCGGAGGCGGUGGACCCCGAGGACCCGGUCAAGUCGCCGCCGCGGCCCACCUCGCCGGCGAACUCCACCCGCAAGGCAUGUUUUGCUGUUCUUCAAAGCUGGGUGUCAAGAAAAUUUAUGACAGGAUGCGUAGUUCUUUUCCCUGUUGCUGUUACAUUCUUCAUCACCUGGUGGUUUGUUAAGUUUGUUGAUGGAUUUUUCAGUCCACUGUAUGCAAAGCUUGGAUUUGAUAUAUUUGGCCUUGGGUUUUUGACUUCCUUGCUAUUCAUAUUCCUAGUUGGAAUAUUUGUUUCUUCAUGGGUGGGUUCAACUGUCUUUUGGAUUGGAGAAUGGUUUAUUAAGAAAAUGCCUUUUGUAAGGCACAUAUAUUCUGCAUCGAAGCAAGUUAGCACUGCUGUUUCACCAGAUCAAAAUACAACGGCAUUUAAAGAAGUUGCAAUAAUUAGUCAUCCCCGUAUUGGUGAAUAUGCAUUUGGAUUCAUAACAUCGACGAUGAUCCUUCAGACUGACAAAGGUGAUGAAGAACUGUGCAGUGUAUAUGUGCCAACCAAUCAUCUAUAUAUCGGUGACAUCUUCUUGGUUAGGUCUGAGGAGAUUAUAAGGCCGAAUUUGUCCAUUCGAGAAGGGAUAGAAAUCAUUGUUUCUGGAGGAAUGACCAUGCCGCAGGUGAUUGCAGCACCAGGACAAACACCCCAUAAGGGUCAGAGCACCCGUUUAAACAGAAUGAUGAGUGCGUGAGUACAUCAGCUUUUGUAGGUCUGCCCAGAGUUGCUGAGAGAGGGCAAAUCGGUGGAUGACAAAGCUGGAACAAGGUGAUUGAGAAGCAGCAUUGCUGGUAGAUUAGGCAGAUCAAAAUACGAAAGUCAGUGUUGACUAGUCCGCAUCGCUUAGGUUUGCUCGCUGAGUGAAAAGUUGUGUAAUCUUUCAAUCACGCUCCAAAUGUAUAUCAGUACUGUGACCAAUAGUAUUUAUACUCCUUUCAAAAGAAAAAAAAACGAUAGCAUUUGUACCUUGUUUA